AGCCCCUUGUUUUGGGGGGGGCUGCUCCAUCAUAAAGCAGCGAGGAUACUGCUUGGUCCAAAUCCAGCUAACACUGAAACAUGGCACCCAAGAAAGCAAAGAAGAGAGCGGAGGGAGCCAGCUCCAAUGUGUUCUCCAUGUUCGAACAGGCCCAGAUCCAGGAGUUCAAAGAAGCGUUCACUAUCAUGGACCAAAACAGAGAUGGCUUCAUUGACAAGAACGACCUCAGGGACACCUUUGCAGCUUUAGGCCGUUUAAAUGUCAAACAAGAAGAGAUUGAUGACAUGCUGAAGGAGGCACCAGGGCCCAUUAAUUUCACUGUCUUUCUCACCAUGUUUGGAGAGAAACUAAAAGGUGCUGACCCAGAGGAGACUAUCCUUAAUGCUUUUAAAGUCUUUGACCCUGAGGGAAAAGGAACACUAAAGAAAGAGUUUGUGACAGAGAUGCUGACGACCCAGGCUGACAGAUUCUCUGCUGAAGAGAUGGAGCAGAUGUUUCAGGCAUUCCCUCCAGAUGUAGCAGGGAACCUGGACUACAAGAACCUCGUCUAUGUCAUCACACACGGUGAAGAGAAAGACCAGGAAUAAUCACAUCCUCCCUCACUGGGUCGUAUUUGUGCUGAGAUAUGAUCACAGCAAAAACAGAAAGCAAAAACGUAAAUAACUUCAGCUUCAGUUUUUGAAUAUGCACAUGGAUCAAUGUGUUCAUUCAUUCAUUCAUGAUUAUAACAUGUAUAUGUAUGUAUAUUAUUUGAAUAUAUAUGAGUAAUCUCUUCAAAGGUGAAAUUAAGAGUUUGACCUCGGAUGUUUUUGACAAAUCAAUAAAGAAAGAUUCAACCUCACAGAGAUGCAUUGAAGAA